GAUCCCAUUGAUUCUUACUGUAUUGACUUUUGUCUUCGAUACCCUUUUAUUUUCUCUAUCUCAACAUGUCCAAGAUUCUCACUGUUGUCGGUGCUACUGGAGCGCAAGGUGGCUCUGUGGUUGCCUCCGCCUUGAAGUCAGGAGACUACAAGGUCCGCGGUAUCACUCGGAAUGUUGAGAGUGCUGCGGCCAAGGCCCUCAUUGCACAGGGCGUCGAGAUGGUGGCCGCGGACGCUGAUGAUGUGGCAAGCCUUGUCAAAGCAUUUGAGGGUUCUCAUGCCAUCUUCGUUGUCACUGACUUCUUCGCCCCUUUCGCUACCAAAGACGUCGAGGAGACCGUUAUCAUUGAGUCUACUCAUGGUAUCAACUGCGCAAGGGCUGCUUCUAAGACCACCACUUUGGAGCACUACAUCUGGAGCACACUCCCCGACAGUCAGAAGAUCUCUGGUGGAAAAUUCUCCGUGCCUCACUUUGAAAGCAAAAACAAGGUCGAUAGGUUCAUUCGCCAAGACAAGGCAUUGCUAGCCAAGACGACCUUCUUUUUCAUCACCUACUAUGCCUCAAAUAUAUUUUUGCCCAUGCUCGCGCCUACCUUAUUGAAAACCGCUGGCAAGUACGUCCAGCUGCUGCCUGUCGGCGAAGAUAUCCCAAUUGCUACCAUCGGUGCGGCAACGUUCAAUAUCGGAAUUUUCGCUCUUGCCAUUCUUCAACAGCCUCAACUUACCCUGCCCAGUAGAACUGUUCUCGCCGAGGUCGAGACACUUACUACGAAAGAUCUUCUGAAGAUCUGGUCUGAGGUCUCUGGAAUCCCUGCCCAAUAUGUAUCGAUCUCGUUGGAACACUACGAAGCCUUGUGGCCCAAGUGGGGCACAGAACUCGGACUCAUGCUGCAAUUCUGGGAUUACGCUCGCGAGAACAGCUGGAACGCAGAGGAUGUGGUUAUUAAGAAAGAGGACUUGGGCAUCACCGGCUUGGUCGGUACGAAGGAAGCCUUCGGCGAAAUGGAUUGGACUACCAUUUAAGCGUUUAAAUUCCACACUUGUCAGAACAUUGAACUAUAUCAAUUAGCCAAGGAGGCAAUAUGCAUUACUAUUCUCAAUAGCCACCUGACUUAGCUAAGAAAGAAAUGCAAAAGGAGCAACAUGUGAUGGCAUAUCACAGAAAUAGCCGUUGGCGACAACAAAACUAUCUUUGGUUGAAUCUGUAUGGGUCAUAGUUUAGAUGAAUCGGAGGCUUGAAGCUGUGAUGAAUUGAUGGCUUCUAAAAGAACCGGUCAGUCAGGAAUCAGGGGAGCUCGGGA